AUGUGCGUGUCUCUAGAGUCUCUGGCACAACAAACAGUUGCUCAUAGAAGAAAAUUUCAAUUUGCUGUUAGCCAAUUGAGGCAAUUUUGUGAUCAUUUUGCCUCAGUAGCAGAUGCAACACCUCUCAACCGAGUUCAGUUUGACACAUAUAAAUUCCUUAUUUCCGAUGUUUAUAAAGAAUUCACAGACCUUUUCAAACAAAAUAUGUUACAAACAUGGGCUCAAACAGCUCUUGAAAAUCCAACAUCCGACAUCCCAACAGAUUUAUGUACACUCACUUCUGAUUUGCAAGAAAAAACUUCUUGUCUCGAUCAAGUUGGCUCACAAUACUUUAAUUCCACUGCCCCUCAAUGGCUUCAACUCCACUUGCUUGAUAUUCGCGCUAUUUCUGCUUCCUUCCAGCAAUUUAUGCAAGUUCCAAACCAAGAUCCUGCUGUAAAGGAGUACGUCGUUGAGCGUCUUCACAGUAUUGAUCAAUUCCUUGCUACAUAUAAGGACCACGAUUCAUUACAAUCAGGGUUAGCUGUAUUCUCCCCAAUUCCUGUUACAUAUCAGUCAUGGCGUCUCAAGCAUACAGAUUUACAAGCCGACAACGAGAUUGGCAGUGGUGUUUCCGCUGUUGUUUACAGUGGCACCUAUCUUCCAACAGGAGAAGCCGUCGCCAUCAAAAAAUUAAAAUUCAAGAAGCUAACAGGUCCAAAACUACAAGCUUUCCAGCGUGAACUUGCUAUUCUUGCAACAGCCAUCCAUCCUACAGUUCUUAAAUUCAUCGGUGCUACAGAUUUCGCUCCAUUCUCAAUUGUCACAGAAUGGAUGCCAGGAGGCUCUCUUUACCACGAUAUCCAUCAAAACCAUAGACUCGACGUUACAGAUCAGACAAUUGCUCUGUUCGAUAUUGCUCGCGGAAUGAGAUUCCUCCAUUCCCGCUCAAUUAUCCACAGAGACCUCAAAACUCUGAAUGUCCUGAUCGAUAAGAACAAUCGCGCGAAGAUCUGUGACUUUGGUUUCUCCAAACAAACCGAAGAAAAUCAAGUCAUGACAAUGAACAUCGGAACACCUCACUGGAUGGCCCCAGAACUCCUUAACGUGUCCCAGGCAGACCAAAACGCUGGCCAAUACAACUCCAAAGUCGAUGUUUACGCAUAUGCGAUUGUCAUGUGGGAAGUUUUAACUCACGACCUUCCUUACAGAGGUCUAGAAGCUACGCAGAUCAUUGCUCAAGUGUUAAUGAACGACGCCAGGCCAGCAGUUCCAAGAGGAUCUCCGAAAGCAUUUGUAGAUCUUAUGAAAAGCUGCUGGGCACGUGAUCCAAUCAAUCGUCCAUCAUUUGCAGAGAUUGUUCGCACAUUUAGAACCGGCGAAAUCUAUCUUGAAGGUACUGAUCACAAGAGAUUAAUGGAAUACAUCGAUUCCUGUGGCGAAGAAGCCGAUUUAGCCACACAACAGCUUCAAACACAUCUCAACAGCCUCGAUAGUUCUUCAAUCCACUUCAGCGAGUUCAUUUCCAUGAUGGAAAACGAAGGAGUUCCUGAAGAACAAAUCGACGCAUGUUGGUCAAUGAUUCACAAGCACAAAGACAGCGAUGUAGACUUAUUCAUUCGUGGUUUGAUCGCUUUCUUGAACACAAGGAUGUCAUUGAAGGCUGGUGAAGAAUUACGCGAGUUGCCAUCAAUACCAACAGCUUGUGCAACUAAAAUAGCGAACCAGUUGCCAACAGGUGAUGAAAAACUCGAUGAAGCUUUGUCUGUUUGCGCUUGCAAGAACGGAUGUGCAACAACAGUUCUCGCAACAGCAAUUAACGCAGAACACAUCAAAUUGGCAUUGGAAUGCAUUGCACAGAAAGGAUGCAAAGAUGAAGAGAUUCCUACUGUUGUUCAGAUCGCUAAGAAACAGUUUUUGUCGCAAGAUCCGAUGAUGUCUGUUUCUGUUUUGAGAUGUUUAGUUGGUUUGCAACAAUACAAAGAGAUCUCUGUCGAUAUCAUCAGAACAUUCCUUGGUACAUCGAACAACAACUUGAAACAAGCAACUUAUGUAACUGCAAUCGCUGUUGCUAACCAGGGAAUUGAGUUGCCUGUUGAUUUGAUCGACGGAAUUGCUUCAAGAGCUUUCACUGAUCCAUUCGGAACUUCUGUUUUAAUUGCAGCAUGCAACCAUCCAACAACAGCUGCACAUCUUUUGCAGAUGAUUGAACACGGUUUGAGAUGUCCAAUCACUGUUUCUGCAAGAAUGAUUUUGGUCGCUUCGAAACAUAAGGAAUUGAAGCCACUCUUGCAGGCUGCUGUAAGAGCUGUUCCGAUUAGUCAUGAUCAAGGCCUUAAGAAUUUGUUGGUUAGGAUUACAUCAUAA